AUGUAUGAUCUACCGCCCGCGGGGACGCAAGAUUGGAUGCAUUGGUUUAAACACAAAGAGGCUUACGGUCCAGUCAGCUCUGUCACGGUGAUGGGACAAACCAUCGUUAUAUUGAAUGAUGCAAAGUCGGCCGUGGAAAUACUAGUGAAGCGCUCCUCAAUAUACUCCUCGAGGCCAAGUCAGGUCUUCGUCUCCGAGAUGGUUGGAUGGGGAAACUUCUUGGGAAUGCUAAAAUACUCUCCUCGACUACGCUCCUAUCGCAAGGCAAUGCAACCAUGCAUUGGAUCCGAGUCGGCUGUGGCCCAGUUUAAUCCGCUGCAAGAGAUAGAGACCCACCGCUUCCUGUUUCGCGUCCUCGAGGAUCAAACGAAGCUCGUAGAGCACAUUCAAACAGAGGCUGGUGCACUCAUCCUGAAAAUAGCAUACGGGUAUACCAUCGAGUCGCACAAGCGAGAUCCAUUGGUGGAGAUUUCGAAACUGGCCCUUCAUCAUUUUUCCAAAGCCGGUACACCAGGUGCAUGGCUGGUUGAUAUGAUUCCAGCUCUAAAACACGUCCCAUCCUGGUUUCCCGGGGCAGGUUUCAAGCGCACUGCUCAGGAAUGGAGGGAUAAUCUCAUGGCUGUCGCAGAAAAGCCUUAUGCAUUCGUAAAUCGGCAAAUGGACGAAGAUCGGCAUCAGCCGUCCUAUCUCUCUAACAUGUUCAAAACAACAGGACGCCCUCCACGCGGCUCGGAAGAUGAGUUUGUUGCAAGAUGGACAGCUGCAUCACUUUAUACAGGUGGUGCCGAUACCACUGUGUGUGCGGUGGAAGACUUCUUUCUUGCAAUGACACUAUAUCCUGAGGUCCAACGCAAAGCGCAAGAUGAGAUCGAUCGGGUUUUGGGGCCUUGCCAACUUCCAAGAUCCGGCGAUCGCUCUCGUUUGCCAUAUGUCAAUGCUCUGGUGAAGGAAGUUUUGCGAUGGCAUCCGGUAGCACCUAUGGGUAUUCCCCAUGCGUCAAGUGAAGAUGAUAUCUUCGGAGGAUAUUAUAUCCCAAAAGGUUCAUUGAUUUUGCCUAACAUCUGGGCUAUGACACAUGAUCCUACUGUUUAUCAUGAUCCCAUGGUAUUCAAACCAGAGCGCUUUUUGGGGAUUGAUGGACGAGAGCCCGAGUUCGAUCCUCAUGAUCUUGUAUUUGGAUUUGGGCGUCGCAUGUGUCCUGCGCGUAUUUUGGCUGACAAGACCUUGUAUUUGAAUGCAGCGCAGUCGCUUGCGGUCUUCAAUAUCAGCAAAGCCGUCCAAGACGGCAAGGAAGUUGAUGUCCAACCAACAUUCCAGCCUGGAGUCAGCAGUCAUCCCGUACCAUGGAAAUUCCACAUCGAACCUCGCAGCGCGGCUCAUGAAUCCCUCAUUCGUUCCGUGGAAGAGAAACAUCCAUGGGAGGCGAGCAAUGCGCCGGAUUUAGCGGGUAUAUAA